UCGCGCGACUGCAGCACUGGCUGGUCGGAGCUCGGCUUUUCGAACGACCGAAAUGCUCAUUUAAUCUGCCUUUUAAAUGAGAAAAUACUCAUUAACCCUUAACAGCACCUCAGUCGCCACUACUACGUGCUUUUCGUGCUGCUUUCAUUUCAGAUUGGUUGAACUAGUCGUCGAACAAAAUCUUUGACAACAGCAUAUGUGAAUAAAAUAUCUGUCCGUUCGUAAAUCCGCGCCUAGGAGAGGAUGUACUGAAAUAUUAAUCGCUUUCCCAAAAUUCCACCUGUGAACUAUGCUGCACGUUUUAGGUAACGCGAAUCAGUGCACCUUCUCUCCCACACUUGAGGUCUUCUUGGUGAGAUCUGAUCUGUGCUAGGGCAGCUGAUAUAGAUCACACUUAACUUUCUAACCUACUAACCUUAACUGUUGAGUAACACCAACCUCGGUUGACAUACGUUCCUCUGGAUCAUGUGUGUUUUCGGGGUGGAUUUCUGGCCUCGUACCCCUUCCUGCACCGAGAAUCUGCCCAUCGCAGCUCGACGUUGUUCUGAGUGAGGUUAAGACCUCAGAUGGCGAGACGCUCGAUGGUCGCGCUUGACUCAAACCGCUGGCCACCAUUUGGAUGAGACCGCGUGGGAGCUGCCUCCCCUGUGCUGUCGGAACCUUCAGGAGUGUUUGAGGAACACCUGCAGGCAUAUGUGUCUUCCAGCCAACAGAUGGCACCACCAAGUCCAAACACCAACAGUAAUAGCAGCAGUGGGGGAGGGGAGCAGCUAAGUAAAACCAACCUUUACAUACGUGGCCUUCAUCCAGGAACCACAGACCAGGACCUGGUUAAACUGUGCCAGCCAUAUGGCAAGAUUGUUUCCACUAAGGCCAUCCUGGACAAGACCACCAACAAGUGUAAAGGCUAUGGCUUUGUGGACUUCGACAGCCCGGCUGCAGCUCAGAAAGCAGUGACGGCACUAAAAGCCAGCGGUGUUCAGGCCCAGAUGGCCAAGCAACAGGAACAGGACCCCACCAACCUGUAUAUCUCCAACCUACCAUUGACCAUGGAUGAGCAAGAGCUGGAGGCCAUGCUGAAGCCCUUCAGCCAGGUCAUCUCCACACGCAUCCUCCGUGAUGCCAAUGGCACCAGCCGCGGAGUGGGCUUUGCCAGGAUGGAAUCAACAGAAAAAUGCGAAGCUAUCAUUCAACAUUUUAAUGGCAAAUACAUAAAGACUCCUCCAGGAGUGCCAGUUCCCACGGAGCCUUUACUGUGCAAAUUUGCGGACGGAGGCCAGAAGAAGCGUCAGAACCAAGGCAAAUACCUGCAAAAUGGACGGGCCUGGACUAGAGAAGGGGAGACGGGAGGAAUCACGCUAACAUAUGACCCCACUACAGCCUUGCAGAAUGGGUUCUACUCCCCUCCGUACAGCAUUGCUCCCAACAGGAUGAUUGCACAGACACCCAUCUCACCCUACAUUCCCUCUCCUGUUUCAUCAUACCAGGUACACAGUCCCUCCUGGAUGCACCACCAGUCUUACCUCAUGCAGCCAGCUGGGGCAGUGCUGACCCCCACCAUGGAGCAUGCCAUGUCCAUCCAGCCCACCUCCAUGAUGGGGCCCAUCACACAGCAGCUCAGCCACCUGUCUCUUGGAAGCGCUGGCACGUACAUGCCUGCCAACACGACUAUGCAAGGGACGUACAUCCCUCAGUACACGCCCGUUCCUCCCGCCAGCGUCUCUGUAGAGUCGCUGUGUUCCCAGGAGAGCAGCGGGCAGCAGCAGAUUGCGAUCGAGACGCCUUCAGAACACACAGCCUACCAGUAUCAGCAUAGCAAAUGAAGCACAGGUCCUCAAGAAGGUACAUGUCCACGCAGACUAGAAGUGUUGCUUCUGAAGGGGUCAGUCGCAGCUCCGGACACUACACGCAGAACUUACAAGGAAAACAAAAAGGGACCGGUUUCAUUUUCACGGGAAAGGCUGACUUAAUCGACAGGAACCAGGCAGCCUUUGGAGGGAAUGUCUGUGAAGGAGAAUCACUAUAUUUUGAUAUCAGAAAAAAAUAAAAAAUAGAAAAAAUUUUAAAAAAUUAUUUUGUGCACGUAAUAUAACAAAUUAUUUUUUAAGAGCAUUCUGGAAAGCCAGAAGGAAACAAAUGAGUUACAACACAAUGUGUCAUUAGGUUUCUUUUUUGUAAGAUACAAAAACUUUUAUUUUUGGAUUUGGGUUGUUUUUAAAAUGUUGUUUUUGAUUCAAUACAAUCAUUUUUGUACAGAUUCUAGACAGUCACUGAGCAAUGUGUUCUUUUCUAAUUUAGCAAUGUUGUAGCGCUGAUCUUUUUUAUUGUACUUUUAAAGAAGCAAAUACUAAACAAACCGCUUAAAGCUACUACUUAGUGUCUGGUCCCAACUAACUUAAAGCUUAAAAAGUUGAAUCACUUUAAAGGGCAUUGCAGCUGGAAAGUAGAAUUUAGUGAGAUUAGUCAGAGCAGUGGCUCCGUCGUUUCCUGAGUAUGAGGACAGUAUGUCAUGAUUUACUAUUCUUUGUAAGUGGUUCCCUUCCAUAUACCAAGAGUAUUUUUAUAAAGAGCAGAAGACAAUCAGAAAAAUUGCUAUUUAUUUUAUUUUUUUAAUCAUAAGAGAAGAAAUAGGCAUAUCACAGAUGGUAUUAUUUAACAAAUAAGUCUAUUUAACAAGGUAUGUAAAUACUUUAAGUGUUAAGAGUUGGUUUCCAUUCUGAAAGAAGAUCCAUAUUGUUCUAAAUGGCAACAUCAGGAAGGGCACCUUCGGCGAGCCCUGCAGGCCUCCGCAGGGAUCUCUGUGGGGCUCUGUGUGGGGCGGAGAGGUCAUGCUAUUCUUCGGACUUUCUCUCUCACGUUCCCACAUGCGCGCUCACACACACACCCAGAACUGCCCGUAUCGGUAAGCUAUGUUCAUUGGACACGAUUGAAAGAGCUGUGGCAGCUUCCUGGGCCCUGCUUUGUGCAGUGUGCGUUCGGUCCGAAAUGUUGCCCUUUUUUUGGUCUCAGAUGGAGCUCAUUUUACCCCUGACUCCCCAAAAAACCAAAUGCAGAGAUUCAUUCUGAACUCUUCCACUGUAAGUUUAGGGAAGAGUCUGUGCUGAUCUCUUACCUCCUACCCAAACUGGAAUGAGGUGUGCAACUCACAGGCGAGCGAUUAUUUCUAAUUGACAAAAGUGUCACUUUGAAGAGGAUUCCUCUCUUUGGUGGCCCGUUCAGUACGAGUGCCCCCCUCCCCAGCCACCCACUGCGACCGGGUCACAGAGCACCGCGCUAGAACAGAGGUGGUUUUAAGCGGUUCGUUCUCGUAGGUGUUGAUACAUCUAGAUUUCACAUUUGUGUGAAAAGUCUGAUAUAAUUUUCCUGCUUUUUAUGCUACAAAUGACAAAACUGUUAGUUUAAGUUUUAAAAAAAAA